AUGGCUCCCCGCAUUAUUCCAGAGACAGGCAACGUGCCACAUGUGUGUCAUGAUGCCCAACAAGCUUACCAGACUCUCAAGUCUGGUGGAGUCAUUAUCGCCCCUACCGAUGUGGGCUAUGCACUUAUGGCCAGUACUCAAGCAGGAAUUCAAAGAGUCUUCGCCGCCAAAGGUCGCCGACAGGAUCACAAUAUCGGUAUCAUUGGAACGUAUCAGCAACAUCGAGAAAUCCAUUUGUUGCCCGAGUCCAAGUUCGAAUUGACACGUGUCUUGACGGAGGAUAUGGGCAUGAUAAUCGGAAUCAUCGCCAAGUUCGAUUCGGAGAACCUCCAUCCGCGUUUGGCUGCGCUAGAUAAGCUCACACUCUGUCAGGUCACGAAGAGAGAUACGAUCAGCAUCGCUGUUCCGGAGGGACCAUUCUUGCGGGAACUCGGUCGGCUUUGCGACAUCGACCCGCUUGGCAUGUUAAUAUUCGGAACUUCCGCAAACCUUACCGGACAGGGACAGCGAUUCCGCGUGGAAGAAGUGGAGCCCAGCGUGCUUGCGUCUGUCGAUUUGGUUGUGGAUUAUGGUCUGCAAAAAUGGCACAUGUAUGGUCGCGGCGGCGUCCUGUUCGAUGCCGAAAAUAUGCAGGUUCUGCGUAUGGGAGCCGGAUGCGAGGUCUGCAGAGACAGGAUCUUAAGAUGGUUCCCCCAUCUGUUGGAAGAGGCAGGCGGCGGCCUUGCCGAAGAUACGAAGCACAAGUAA